AAGUGAGAAACACAUAGAGCUGGAGGCGGGAGGAGAUUCUCAGAGAGGGAAACAGGAGUAAAAGGAAACACAUGUAGAAAGGAAAGCAGAAGUCUGGCAACAAGCAGGAGGCUGCAGCUGUGGAAGGUGCACAGGAAGCAAUCAACAGGACUCCAAGAAGACCAAAGCAGCUUCUCUGAUGAAGAUCAGUGAGUCUGUUGGGACCAAGAAGUGAGGAGAAACCAUCAAGCCUUACAGCAAGGAUAUCUGUAUACUGCUUACCUGAAUCCUAACAAAAAAGAGGAAUGGGCUGUAACAGAAACUGUGGGCUCAUCACUGGGGCCAUCAUCGGUGCUGUGCUGGCUAUCUUUGGAGGAGUCCUGAUACCAGUUGGAGAUAAUCUUAUAGGCAAAGCAGUAGAAAAGGAAGCUGUCAUUGUCAAUGGUACCGCUGCUUUUCAAAAUUGGCUUGUGCCAGGAAGCGCAGUGUUCAGGGAAUUUUGGAUUUUCCAUGUGUUAAAUCCUUCAGAGGUCAUAGGUGAGGGGGCUCAACCAAAAUUUGAACAACGAGGACCUUACACAUACAGGGUGCGAUAUUUACCCAAAGAAAAUGUCACAGAAGGUGAGAAUGGCACAAUAUCCUACAUGCUGCCUAAUGCUGCUAAAUUUGAACCUGAUAUGUCUGUUGGGACAGAAAAUGACACCAUGACCGUCCUCAACCUCGCUGUUGCAGCUGUACCUGCCCUGUACCCAGGCUUUCUAAUGCAAUCAUUAAUAAACAGUUUUAUUAAAUCUUCCAAGUCAACCAUUCUUCAGAACAGAACAGUCAAAGAAAUACUGUGGGGAUACAAAGAUCCCUUCUUAAACCUUAUCCCCGUCGGUACUCUGAAUCCAACUGUGGGAGUCUUCUACCCGUAUAACGGGACAAGCGAUGGACCUUACACUGUGUAUACUGGGACAGAAGAUAUUACACAAACAGCAAUAAUUGAAAGCUAUAAAAAUAAAAGCACUCUAUCCUACUGGGAAGGUCACUGUGAUAUGGUUAAUGGCACAGAUGGAGCAUCCUUCCCACCAUUUAUUAAGAAGAAUCAGGUGCUACGCUUCUUCUCCUCUGAUAUUUGCAGAUCAAUCUAUGGAGUUUUCCAGGGCAAGCAGGUUGUGAAGGGAAUCACGCUGUAUCGUUUCGUAGUUCCUCGUGAAGCAUUUGCAUCGCCAACUGAAGUGGGAGACAACUACUGCUUCUGCACAGAUCAAGAAAUAUCAGAGAACUGCACGUUAGCUGGAGUCCUGGACAUCAGUGCCUGCAAAGCAAAAAGACCGGUAUAUAUCUCUCUUCCUCAUUUUCUUCAUGCAAGUGAAUCUAUACAGCGUAAAGUGGAAGGCCUGAGUCCAAAUGAAAAGGAGCACGAGACAUAUCUAGACAUAGAGCCUGUGACUGGUUUUACACUACGAUUUGCAAAAAGGCUGCAAGUAAACCUCCUUGUGAAAUAUUCAAGAUUCAUUGAGCCUUUAAAAAAAGUAAACAAGUCCUAUGUGUUCCCUCUUCUUUGGCUAAAUGAGUCUGCUGUUAUUGGGGAUGAGAAGGCAGAAAUGUUCAGGAAUAAAAUCUCGUCUCGGCUGGACCUGCUGAGCACGCUGCAGAUGGCAUUGAUCAUCGGAGGCUCCGUGAUGUUCCUGGCCUUCAUGGGCUCCUUCUUCAUUUGCAGGGCCCAGAAACGGAAAUAAGCAAGUGAAAAGACUUCAGAGGCAGUCAGUGUUUAAUUGAAAUUUCAGCUAAGCAGCUUGUUAAAAUUCAGAGACAAAAGAUAUGAUUCAAGGCACAGUCAACCCACGUGCUAUGGAACUCAACAUGAUUUUCCUCUUGAGAAGACCAGCUUACUAACCCAAAUAAGCUGAUGUUUUCGAAGGUUCACACUUCUGAUAUCUCUAAAGAGGCCACUGUGGAAACUGCACUAUCAAAAGACUUUUUUUGAAACUUGUUAUACAUUUUUAAUUGCAUUCAAGCAGACUGAAGUUGAGAUGCAGUUGGAUUUUAGUCCACCUUCUGCCAUUUAUGCAACUUGCUACUCGUUUUCUUCUGGAUUUGCAAGAAAAGUGAAAGCCGCUUGCUGACGUUCCAUCUCUGAGCACAGGCUGGGAAUGACAACAAUUUGGAGCUCGUGCUGUGCUCUAGAUGCUCUUAUUGCAAUAUUUCUCUCUGUUCCUUCAAGGAAUGGAAGCUGCUGCAAUAGAACUGCUCUCUGUCCUCUAUUCAGGGAUGUGAAUUGCAUUGAAUGUGAAGUUUAUUAUGUAAAGUUACUAACUGUAAUACAUAAAGUUUAUAAAAGACUUACUAAAAUAUGUGGUUCAUAUAUUUUCUAUUUAUAUAUGGAGAUGGCUCAUAGAUACAGCACAGUCAUCCAUGUGUUCAUGGAGCUCAUUGGCAUUUGUCUCCACAGCUGAACCUGAACCACUCCCUAACUCCCAACCUGCUCCACUGCUCUUCCUGUUGCCUCCUGUGAGCUUUUAUUUCUGGAUCUUGUUUGAACACCAGCCUCUGCACUGCCCUAAGCCCACUUGGCCCAAGGCCUCCCUUGGGGAAUGAUCCUGACAGGACAAGAGAAAAUAUUCCAAAAUGCUUCAGAGUCAGGAAAGACCGAGACAAUGAUUUCGAUCAAACAUCAGAGGGUUCCACUUGCUAUAGAAGCACAUAAAUGAAAAGAGGUAGCCCCAAGAACUUACUGAUAAACCAUCUGCCACAAGGAAAUUUGUGCAACCAUUUGUUUAAUGAGCUGCAUCAGCCUGUAGACAGGUAGCAAACACUGACAUCUCCAUAAAUAGUUGACUUUUUCAUUUGAUCUGAAUGCUGUAUUUUAUUCUGAGAGUAAAUGGGGCAAAUACAGGGUGUUGCAGGGUCUCUUCUUUUUCCAUGGAUUCAAUAAAUUCAGAACAAGAACCUAAGUUCAUAAUUUUCUAAGAUUUCUUUUUGGAUCUUUUAUCCCCUUAUUUAAGAGCUGCAAAGAAAAAGGGAAAUCCAACAUGACCAGCCUAUCAUAUCCUGCUGUUUGUAAACAAUGCUACAAAGGACUUUAAAUCAGAAAGGGUCAUCAUGCUAAUAAAGGACAAUGUCUUUGGCUGGGUAUCUUUAGUAAGGUGUUCCUACCUUUGGAAAUAAAGGGAAAAUCCAACUGACUAUAAUGCUGGUGUUUUUAUUCCAUUGUUCCUCGUGGACAAAGUUUGUAACUAUCAGUAGAGCUGAUGAGUCACAGAAAUUCCAAGAUAUUAUUCUUGAAGGUGAGGUGUGUGAGGUACGUGGUGCAGUCUCCUUCCAGCUGUGAGCUGGAACUGCCAGCUACAGGGCAGCUGGUGUGACACUGGAGGGAAGGGUUUGCUCUCAGCCUGUGUAUUUGGUUACUCAUGGUGCUGGCUAGUCAAUGAAAAACACCUUGAUCUCACAUCCACAUUCUUGCUGGUGUCAUGUGAUGCUCUGUUCCCAUAUUGUCUGGGGGCAAUUUGACACAACUGAAGCCAUCCUAGAGUCCUAUGGACUGGUCAAAAAAGUAUGAGGAUAGCUAAAGUCAUUAAACCACAUCUCCUCUGAGAUAAACACAGCUCUGCUGUGGUUCAAGAUAUGACACCAACUUUUUAUAAUAAAAUGUCUUUUAUGUCAGGAUCUAACAUGAAAGGAACAACAGCAAUGCUCCUGCAGUUUUUGAUAGGCUAACAUUUCAGCUUCAUUUUAUUUGACUUCAAGUACAUUGUCAGUAAGUUAGUGUUUGCUUUACUAGUGUGUUUUAGUACUAUGUGGUGCUCCAGCAGCAGUGAUCCAGAAAGUCAGGCCAUGAUUUUAAAUGUCUCAGGGCCAGAUUUUUUAUGGACACAGCUACAUGUUUGUCCAUAUGCACAAUCUCAUUGAUCUCAAUGCAGGUUUGGGCUUUUUAACUAUGUCCAGCACCUAGACUGCACUUGAAUUGUAAUUUGUAGUUACUUUAUCCAAAGCAUCAGACACAGUUAUUGUUAAUUCAUUACACUAAAGCUAGUGUUAAGUAUUUACAGUUGUUCAAACAGUGCAGGGCAAACCUUAAUGAAAAUACAAAUAAAAUAAAGCUCAAAUAUUUUUUCUGAUAUACUUAUGU